UUUCAUCAUGUUCCCAAGCCUACAGAGCUUGUCCGAAGAGGACGAAUAUAAGGAUAACCCGGCACCUUCCGGCCGGCGGCGGUCGUCUGUGGUUCCACCUAGCCUGCAGUUCCUCGUCGAUCAGGACUCUCAGCAAGCUAGUAAUGAGCCCGCUGAGUGGGAAAAGUCAUGGGAUCAAACGUACGUUUCAUAUAUCGCUGAGAGGCGAUCUAGUAGGUCUUCUAACCCCAACAGGACUGAAAACCCGGAGCUUUGUGAUUUCUUAGAUCGAGUCUCCUCUCGAGAUCCAACUGAUCCAGAUCAACAAGGUGGGGAAAGAAUGAGAAGGGGUUCUUGAGUUAAAAGAAAUU